AUGACGUUCCUAUCACCAUCCUUCAAGAAGGGACUAUUAUUGAAACCAUUCAAGAAGAGGGGACAAUCCAAGAAGAAUCACUUCAAGGAAGAUUUGGAAUCAUCCAUCAACAAGGAUCUUUCUUCUUCGUCGUCGUCGUCGUCUUUGUCUAUCGGAACGAUUGAAAAAGAUCAUGAUGAUGAUUCUAGUCUUGAGGAUCCUGGCAACGACGAAGUUGUUCUUGAUGCGGAACAACUACAACUACAACAACAAGCAGAAGCCGAAGUACAACCAAAUGUGGAAUACUCUUCCGUCUUGGUGGAAAACCACCAUUUGGACGAUCAACCCGUCGAAACCGAAUUGGUCUUGACCACGACUACUACCUACACUCAUUCCAAUGAUUUUGACGAAGAGCAACUAUUCCGCAUGCAACUACAGUCACAAGAAGACGAAGAGGAGGAAGAAGAAGAAGGUUCCAGCAUUGCCCAAUAUUAUACUUCUGUCCAAUGUCCUUCGUUGGACGUCACCUCUGAUGAUACCGAAGUCAUUCUCAAUACCAACAAUGUUUCACGAUUCCUUGCCCGAUGCACUUCUGUCCAAUCUUCUUCUCCUUCUUCUUCUUCAUUGGACGAGGUCAACACUACAGAAGUCAUUCUCAAUACCCAAGAUGUCUCACGCUGUACUUCCGUCUUGAUUGAAGAGGAAGGACACAAUCAUCACAAUAAUUACAAGCCCUCCGGAACCGAAAUGGUACUCACGAAAGCACGAAUGAUGGUGAUGAUGAUAGAGAGUACUACUACUACUCCUACUCCUACUAUUCAAGAAGAAGACCACCAAGACAAACAAGAAGAAGAAGAAGCAAGCGUGCCCGAAGUGAUUCCACCCUCGGAAGAUGACUUUAUUGUGGUCCUUUCCGAUCAUCAUCCUCAUCCUCAUCAUCAUCAUCAUUAUCAGCAUGACCACAACAACAACUACAACAAUAAGGAGGAGGAAGAAGAAGAAAUCAAGAAUGUCCAAGAAGAACCUACUACUAUGAACAAUACUCCACAAGACACGACCACGACCGCCAUCAUUGUUGACCAUGACCAUGACGAUGAUGAUGAUAAUGACAAUGUGUCAGUCUCGUUGCUUUCCUUUUGCAACCACCACAUGGCCAAUCAGCACCAAACGGAACAAGAAAAAAAAGAAGAAGAAAAAGCAUCAUCGUUCAUGGGACAAGAAUCUACUACUACUACUGUUCCACAAGACAUUAUUGAUCAUGAGGAUAAUGUGUCCGUCUCGUUACUGUCCUAUCAUAUGAAUGCCAACUACAAGAAUCAUCCUGUUCCCCUACAAGAAGAUGAAGAAGA